AUGUUGGGGCUCGGCCAUUCACUUCCGACUGCUUCUUCCGGCUCGGCGCUUCCACCGUCAGAGGUAAGACAGUCGGGGGUGAGGCCCGGGUGCCCUUCGCUCGCCUUCACUUGCGGCUGCGGCACCGCUAGGCAGGUCCGAGCGGACGCCGAUAUCUACAGGCAAGAACGCGGAGACGGCGGCCCGGGCCCCGAGCGCCACCCAGGUGUGGCACGAGGCCGAGGACCUUGUCCCGAGAUGCGCGUCUUUCCUAAUCCCUUUUGCUUCGCCCAGCUUCCAGCAAAGUGUAACCCGGGGCGCUCGGGCGUGCCUCAUCCCAGGGGUUUAACUUGUACAGAACAAAAUUUUAUAUCAAAAUCUGGUUAUCAUCAGGCAGCCUCAGAACACGGCCUUGUCGUCAUUGCUCCAGAUACCAGCCCUCGUGGCUGCAAUAUUAAAGGAGAAGACGACAGCUGGGACUUUGGUACCGGGGCUGGGUUUUAUGUGGAUGCCACUGAAGAUCCUUGGAAAACUAACUACAGAAUGUACUCUUAUGUAACAGAGGAGGCUUAUGAUGCUACCCAUCUUGUGAAGUCCUAUCAAGGUUCUCAGCUAGACAUACUAAUUGAUCAAGGAAAAGAUGACCAGUUUCUUUCAGAUGGACAGUUACUCCCUGAUAACUUCAUAGCUGCCUGCACAGAGAAGAAAAUCCCUGUUGUUUUUAGAUUGCAAGAGGCAAGUAUUAGGAAACCUUAG